AUGGCUGACGAGUACGCAGACUUGAAGCAGAUGUUGCUGCAGCAGCUGAAGCUGAUGGAGGCACUCACCGUUAAGCUGUCCGACUCGUCCAUGGGUAAAUCAAGCACGGCAGGUGGUUCGCAAUCUGUUGAUCACAUUUUUGGCAACAUCACUGAAUUCUUGUAUGACCCGCAGGCCCAUAUCACCUUUGAUUCCUGGUACAAGCGAUACGAGGACUUGUUCUCUGUCGAUCUGGCUGCCCAGGACGGUGCAUGGAAGGUCCGACUUCUACUUCGCAAACUGGGUCCGGCUGAACACGAGCGUUAUGCCAACUUCAUCCUCCCCAAGAAUCCCCGAUAA